AUGGGGAAGAAAUGUGAUCUAAGUGACUAUGACAGUGGAAAGGUGAUGGCAUCUCUGGUGACGGCACUUGUGCAAGUAGGUACUGGCACUUCAAUGGCAUUCUCGGGCAUAACGCUGCCACAGCUCACCAACCCCAAGACACAUGAUCUCUUCCUCAACCAGUCACAAACAGCAUUAUUUGGAAGCCUGGGAUACCUGGGAGCAGCUAUAGGGAGCUUUGUGAGUGGAACACUGCUAGUGAAGCUUGGCCAGCGAGCGACGCUCCUGGUGACCUUGCCCAUCUCUCUUGUUUCGUGGCUCAUCCUUGCUGUUUCUCCAACCGUUUGGCAUCUUUUAUCGUGCCGCACUUUUCUGGGCAUCACCAUGGGCAUCAUGCUUACUGCUUCAUCAUUAUAUACAAUCGAAAUCGCUCAUAAGAAUAUACGUGGAAUUCUUACCGGAAUCCUUUCCUUAGCUAGGCUAUUGGGCUUUUUAAUAGUGACUGCUCUAGGAGUUUCUAAGCUCGACUGGAGACAGAUGGGCUUCGUUUUAAGCGGAGUGUCAGCAGUUCCUUUCUUUUGCCUCUUUUUCCUGCCUAACUCUCCUCGUUGGCUCGUCACUCAAGGUCGUCUUAGCGAAGCUCAGAAAGCUCUUGUUUUUUUCAGAGGGAAACAUUAUGACUGCGAACCAGAAUUACUGGAUAUCACACAACAAAUUAAUAAUGUAAGUAGGAAGACAAAUAACUGUUAUCAACAAGCGCGGUUGCUGUUUGAGACAGAAACUAUUAAUAUAUUCUUAUUAAUGACCUUUUUAACUUUCUUGUUGUCUAUGACUGGUUGUUACGCUCUACUGACAUAUUUAGUGCCUAUUUUCCAGGCAGCUGAGGCAAACUUGGAUCCAUUCAUCAGUGCUAUAAUAUUUUGCAUUGUUAGGGUUUUUGGAACUUUAGUUCAUCUUUGUGUAGUUGAUCGUCUAGGACGCAAACCAUUGAUCUUAAUUUCAUAUUGUUUGUGUUCUCUGUGUAUGGCUAUUUAUGGAAUGUACUUCUACAUACAUGAGACAGGUAUUACCAGUGGCAUGGGGUGGAUACCCAUUACAGCAACAAUGAUAUUUAUCUUCUUUAUUGGCGUUGGCCAGCCUGCCUUUUCAAUAUUGUGUGGAGAACUUCUGCCUACAUCAUGUCGAUCUGUUGGAAAUUCGAUAUUUGUCUUGGUAUUAAUGACUGGGACAUUUAUUGCAUCUUAUACUUAUCCCAUGACAAUAGAAGCACUUGGCCAACACGGGACUUUCUGGGUCUUAGUGGUGUGUGUGGAGCAAUAACUUUUGUCAGCGCUGUCUGUCUUCCAGAGACUCGCGGACGCUCGCUG